CUUGUUUAACAAAUUUUACACUCAUUAUUUCAGGAUGGACAACCAAUUCAACUCCGAAGAGUGGUCGCUCCCUAUGUCCUCAACCAUGAAGGAACUUGAGAAGUACAACCUUACCGGUGCAUUUACUGGAUCAAUGCAUAACAUGGGUGUACCAAUUCAGCUUGUGUGCCCUGCUGUUACUGCAUCGUGUCAUCAUCGUCCCACUGAGGACCCGGAGGUUCAAGAAGUCGACAUGAGUCAAGUCUCAAACAAUAAGUGCAAGAAGAAGGUUGCCCAGCGAGGAAGGUCAUUCACCAAGGAGGAAGAUAGAGCAAUUUGCUCAGUGUUUCUGCAUGUUAGCACGGAUGCUAUUAUAGGAAUCAACCAAUCUGUUGUUGGGUAUUAUACAAGAAUGCAUCAACACUUCAUGGAGAACAUUGAAGUGAGUAGUAAUAGGACUAAGAUUUCGAUAGAAAACCGGUGGACCACAAUUCAGAGGGCCGUCAACAAAUUUUGUGGUUUCUAUGCUGCAAUUGAAAGGAUGAAUGAAAGCGGCAAUAAUGAGCAGGAUAGGAUUAAUGAUGCCAUCCGGAUGUACGAGGAAAUCGAGCCAUGGCAAUUCCAUCACUGUUGGGUGAUUCUUCGAGGAGAGCCGAAGUGGCACGUGAAGAUGGCGGAAUGUAACACGGGUCAAAGAGUUAAUCGAAAGCAUUCCCUGAAAGGCUCCGAAAUAGACAUAAAUUCUAUGCAGACCGACAGUGCACUCCCUGAACGACCUGAAGGAAGGGAUAGCGCCAAGAAGAGAUCCCGGGUAAUGACUGAUACCUCAUCGUCAAGUACAGCUGUGGAAAUGCUACAGAAGAUGAAUGAAAGAGGAGAGAAGAAUGAUGACAAGGAAGAUCAGUUGAGGCAGGAAAUGUUCCAGAUGGAGAGAGAGAGGCUCGAGCUGCUGAAGCUGAACUGGGAGAAGAAGUGGGCUGCCUGGGAGAAGAAAUGGACAGUAAUGGAGUCCAAUGCCAAGUUACGACAGAAUGAGUAUGAGUUAAACCAGUGGAACGCAGAUCUUAUAGUCAUGUCACAGGACCUUGACAAGUUGGCUCCACCAUUGCGUGCGAUGUACGAGCAGAAACAGAUGGAGAUCAUGAAGAGAAGAGGCAUCAGCACCCCUCCAACUAGUGAAUCCUAAGCAGACGAGCCUUAAUUCUGUUGUAUGAGAGUUGUGUAUUUGCAUUCACCUGUUUGUGGCUCAUGUAUCAGAGUUGGUACAACUGUUUGUGGCUCAUGUAUCAGAAUUUGUAAUAAGUUGUUUGUGACUUAUACUAUGAGAGU